CGACGUCACAAUGGCGGCGGCGGCGGCGGCGGCGGUCGUCGUGGCGGCGAGGGCGAGGGCGGCGGGGCAGAGCGGACGGGCAGGGGCUCGAGGGCGGCCAUGAAGGCGAGCAGGGCCCCUCCGCGCCCCCGGCCGCCAGCCCCCGCCGCCCCGCCGGCUCCGGCCCUCCCGCCCGCGCCCCCCGCCGCCCCCAGCACAGCCCCCGACGCGCCCCUCUCUCUCCCCGCAGGAGCCGGAGGAGGAGGCGGCCGGAGGAGGAGGAAGAGGACGGGGAUGGUGCCCCGGGCCCCCCAAGGCAGCGCCCAGGAGCAGGCGGGCCAGGCAGCGCCAGGGCCGGAGCCAGCCCCAGCCCUCUCCGCCGCAGAGCCCGCCGCCGCCGAGAAGCCCUCGCGCGGGCCCGCCAAGCCCAGGCUCAACGGGGAGAACAUAUUUGCCUGUCAAUCGAAAAUCUAUACCUACAUGAGCCCUAACAAACCUCCCGUGACUCGACCUCCGCUUCAAGAGGAAAACUGUGCGACGCAUCAUGAAGCAAAAUGCCAGGGCAAAAUGAUGAAUGACGCUCGCAGAAAAGGAGACGGUAGACGAAACAUUGGUCGUGCCGUUGUGAAAUUCAAGUGUCCGGAAGUGGAGAGCAGCCAUGAAUCCCAGCCGUCUUCCUCCAAGCAAAAGCCAGAAACCGAAGAAGCUCCGCCGCUUCUGUCCUCCAAGUCCGCCGAUGCUGUGAAUGAGACACAAACUCCGAAAAAGGGAACCAAGGCAAAGCCUAGCCCCAGAAGAAAAGUCCAAGGGAAAACGCAACAGAACCGAAAGGUUACAGACUAUUAUCCUGUUAGAAGAAGCUCCCGGAAGAGCAAAAAGGAGUUGCAGAUUGAAGAGAAGAAGAAGAUUGACGAGUUAAUAGAAAGUGGGAAAGAAGACGGCAUGAAGAUCGACUUCAUUGAUGGCAAAGGGCGAGGUGUGAUUGCAACAAAGCCGUUUCAUCGGGGCGAUUUUGUGGUUGAAUAUCAUGGGGAUCUCAUUGAGAUCACGGACGCUAAGAAACGAGAAGCUACUUAUGCCCAAGACCCCUCGACAGGCUGCUACAUGUACUACUUUCAAUACCUAACUAAAACAUACUGUGUGGACGCCACAAAAGAAACCAAUCGUCUUGGGAGGCUGAUCAAUCACAGCAAAUGUGGCAACUGUCAGACAAAACUCCACGACAUCAACGGCGUCCCGCACCUCAUCUUGGUUGCCUCCCGCGACAUCAAAGCGGGCGAAGAACUCUUGUACGAUUACGGAGAUCGGAGCAAAGCGUCUCUGGAAGCGCACCCGUGGCUGAAACACUAGCCGUUCUUCCCCUCUCGAUGGGACUUCUUUUUCUUGAAAGCGGACUCGAUAGCCUUGUUUACAACUCUCGUGGUAAAUCACUUCCAAAUGUCUGCGCCUUCCUGAUGAUUUCAAGCGCCUGUUGCAGGCUCGCAUGUCUUUCCUUGAGCAGACCGAGAACCCGAUUCCCGAACGUUGCUGUUUGGUAGGUUGGCCUGGACUCCCGGCCCUUCUGUCCCUUGGCAUAGAGAGAGGUGGGUUUGUUAGGGCUUCCUGAUGAUGUCCGUUUGGGGAUUUUGCGGGAGAGAGUGUGGGCCACACUUUGGCUCCUUUGAGGAGCGGAGGGUGGAAAUAAUAACGCAAAUGGUUCUGGAAAGGGUGGGCGUUAAACAUCUCAAUGCAUUCUGUAAAUAUUGAGCUGGGAGGUGCUUGCUUCCAGAGCUUGGGAUUAUUUUUCUGGACUGCAGAUCCCAGAAUCUCCUGGCUCGCAUGCCUAGAUUGUUGGGGUUUCUGGGAGGCGUAGUCAGAAUCACAUUCUGCUGGCUUCCAUCGGGCUCUGGGGUAUUUGGAACCUUUCUGGUCUUUGUUCGGAUCAUCAGAAUUUGCAUUUGGACGUUUGGGCUUACUAUUCCGUGUGCAUCAAAUCCUUUAAAAGGCUGGAAAUGGGUCACUUCAAAGGUUGUAUUGGGUCAAAAGCUAUCUGGUUGGCCUGAUUUCUGCACUUCUUCCCUUGAAUCUGGGACCAGUGAGCUGAAAUUGGCCCCAAAUUUUGUGGAAUAAAGUUGCCCUAAAGCUCUAGGCCAUAAUGGGAAGAGGGAUUGUUGAGCGUUGAGACUCUUCUGCCUAUAAUCCCCGUGCUUCCACCAUUGUGUGAUGUUAGACCCAUAAGAACAUCCUCCGAAAUACAGACCCCAAUAAACGUGCCGGGUUUGAGGGAUGGAUAAUCAGCACAACAUUUGGUGUGAUUUCAGCUUGGGAUUCUUCCUUUGGGGGACUACAGCUCCCCAAAUCCCCCAAGCUCCUCCAGUGUUGCUUUCUUCUGGCAACUGCUUCCUUGGAUGGAGCUUGCUUUGUCUUGUGUGUGUGUGCUUCCAUCCUUUUUUUAUAAAAAAAAAAAAUGAGAAUCUGAGAUGUGAAUUCUGCUAUUGAAGUGGCUGGAUAUUUUUUACAAACGAUAAAUGGCAUUUGAUCUGUCUCGAAAUGUUAAGCUGGAACGUCGGAACGGUGCUUUUGUGGAUUUUUCUUCCUGCUCGCCAAUGGAAAAGAGGGCAACGGGUGGGGCGGAUAACGUGGAGUAAAAACACACAGGGCUUGGGAAGAAUAAGGCGCUUUUUAUAGAACCGGCGGCCGCCUUCGGAGGUGGCGCUUGUACAUAGGGUAUUUUUUAGAAACAAAAUUUUUAGGAGAAAACCAAGAUUAUUUAUUUACUCUGGCGGACGGAGCCACGCUGCAGGAUUCGUAACCUCCUCCCGCGCAUGAGUAGAAUUGAGAUGCGUCUUGCCUGAGAAAACAGGACUUUGUCUCCGUCAUCUUCCCUAAAAGUCUUCCCCAAGUAAGGUCAUCGUUUUCCAUUGAAGGCCUUGCUUUUAAUCCAUAGCAGAUGAAGGGAAUCCAGAAUAAGAGCAGUGGCUUGAGUCCUUGCUUCGGAUUGUUUUUUCCCCCCAAAGAUCAGAGAUUGGAAAUGUUCCUUCUUUGGACUACAACUCCCAGGAUGCUCACGAGUGGGAUUCUGGGACUUGUAGUCCAACAAAGGGAUGUGGGUGACUGCUCAAGGUCACUUUUCUACCUAAGGUUUGGAGAUUUUUUCCAAAGGUUCGGAGUCUUCCUGGGUGCAUGCUUGAGCAGCAAUGUGGGCAAAGCAAGCGGGAUACAGGGACAGAACUCAGUAAUGUAUUUUUCAAAGAAAAAUAAACCUUGAAGAGAGCAUUUCUGUGUACAAGAUAAUAAAUAAAAUGAGAUAUUUAUUAAACAUGAA